GUUCGAGUUUUUUUUUCCUUCUGUUGCAGAGAUGGUGAAGGGACCUGGACUUUACUCCGAUAUCGGCAAAAAAGCUAGAGAUCUUCUGUACAGGGACUAUGUCAGUGACCAUAAGUUCACCGUCACUACGUACAGCACAACGGGAGUGGCUAUUACCGCAUCUGGUCUGAAGAAAGGUGAAUUAUUCUUGGCGGAUGUUAGCACCCAGCUGAAGAACAAAAACAUUACCACUGAUGUAAAAGUGGACACCAAUUCCAAUGUUUACACUACCAUCACUGUUGAUGAACCUGCACCAGGACUCAAGACAAUUUUCAGCUUUGUCGUACCAGACCAGAAGUCUGGAAAGGUAGAGCUCCAGUACUUGCAUGAGUAUGCUGGGAUCAACACUAGCAUUGGACUUACAGCAAGUCCUCUUGUCAACUUCUCUGGCGUUGCUGGAAACAAUACCGUUGCUUUGGGCACUGAUCUAUCAUUUGACACUGCCACAGGAAAUUUCACAAAAUGCAAUGCUGGUCUGAGUUUUUCUUCGUCUGAUCUGAUUGCUUCUUUAGCAUUGAAUGACAAGGGUGAUACCGUCAGUGCUUCCUACUACCACACCGUGAAGCCAGUGACAAACACAGCUGUUGGUGCAGAGUUGACUCACAGCUUCUCAAGCAAUGAGAACACACUCACCAUUGGGACACAGCAUUUGUUGGACCCAUUGACCACGGUGAAGGCUCGUGUUAACAGCUAUGGUAAGGCAAGUGCUCUCAUCCAACACGAGUGGCGACCAAAAUCCCUCUUCACAAUAUCUGGUGAAGUUGACACCAGGGCAAUUGAAAAGAGCGCCAAGAUCGGGUUGGCUGUAGCCCUCAAGCCAUGAGUUCGUUACUACCUUACAGAAAAGUGAGUGAAGCAAUGUCAUUUUGUAUGAUCCAGAGUAAUAAAUUAGGUAGAUUUGUUUCAGCGCAUUAUCCUACUGCACCGGUGAGAAAAACCUUCAGCUGGUAAUGCAAACUCAUGAUUUUUGCUAAUACCCAUCCUAAAUGUUGAUUGAGGGGACUGGUUU